AAGUACAUAGCAGCAUCGGGCGGCUACAACUCGCACAUGGCGCAGCAGGGCUCCGUGAUUUCCGGCCACGUCAGCAUCUGGGCGUCCGAGGUGGUCAUGGGAGACAAGACGGUCUACAACCGCCCCCCCACCGCGGGCGGCCGCGGCGGCGCUGACGUGGCAAAGGGGACGUUCCGCGUGGUGCAGAUGCCGCCCAACAUGUGGCACGUGGCGGUGGCUAUGGGCGACACGCGGAUUGACGCCACGUGUGACGGCGAGCUGGUGUGGCGGCGGAGCAGUUGGGGCCCCUCCACGACGGCCAAAGGGCCUGUGCGACCACUCAGGCAUUUGCUAGCGGGCCUGGACCCGCCUACUGUUGCAGACGUGUUCGCGUCAGGAGAGUAUCAGGGAGACGAGGGCAUAGAGGGCGACGAGUGCAUGUGCGUGAAGGUGAUGGCCAACCCGCUCGCCCUCAUGAGCAUGAGCACGGGCGGGGGCAACGUGGGCGGCAAGCAGCAGGACGUGUGCGACGUGCUGGCGUAUCAGGUGGAGGGGUUCUUCAGUAAAGCCUCGGGCAACCGUGUCUACCCCUCCACCCUUCCCCUUCCCCUUCCCCUUCCCCUUCCCCUUCCCCUUCCCCUUCCCCUUCCCCUUCCCCUUCCCCUUCCCCUUCCCCUUCCCCUUCCCCUUCCCCUUCCCCUUCCCCUUCCCCUUCCCCUUCCCCUUCCCCUUCCCCUUCACCAUCCCCCCCGCCCCUCACCUCACACAGACAGCGAGCAACAGCACGAUCUACUGGGAGAGGGUGAUGGUGACGCGGCUCAGUACGGACUCAAAAACCGCCAUAACGGCGGCGGGCCGUCGAAAAACAAUAAUGUCCACGCGUCGGAGACUCAGCUGCCGCUGACGAGCGUUCUCGGGAAACGCUGCGCGGCGCUUUAUCGGUCAAAUCGAAGCGGAGCGACGGAUUUGGAGUCGCAGGAGUUGAAGCGACGAGGUUGCGACAGAGCUCUGCGACAUGAUGUGCUCGAGGAAUCGUCUUCUCCGGCUGUGGAGAGAACAUUCGAGGAGUUUGGACGGAUGAGGAAAACUGUUGCUCACAGCCCAAGGUCGUCUGAGUCGUCGCUUUCCGCUUCCGCCGCCGCGUCCCAAGGACGUUUGCUUCGAUACAAGGCUUUGGCGGAAUGGCCAGCGGCGGCGCAGAGAAUCGCGGCGUCGGCGACGUGUGCUCAGGCGGCGGCGACGCGGCGCGAAUGUCCGGCGACGAUCGUCGAAUUGCUGCAAAAUAUCAAGCGCAAAAAGCACGCCGUGACGUCAUCUCCGUACGCGACAUCAUCGCCUACCACGUACGCGACGUCGCCUGCCGAAGAGUCAUCUCUGCGCAUCCAAGCUUCUAAAGCGGGCGCCGAAGUUAUUCACGCGGGCGCGUGGCAUCACAAGGAAGGAAACGAGGAAACGUGCGGUGCUCCUACGGGAACGGGGACCUACUACUCAAGAAACCCUAAAGUUCGUGCAGCAGAGCCAAAAGAAUGUAUCCCACUCAUCACUGCUGCUUUGUCUCCAGCUAACGAAAAUACGGGUUUCUCUAGUACGUCGGUUGCGGCGUUACCCCAUCAGAUUUCGAACAGUCAGUUUAUUCCAAUUUCCCAAGUUUCGUCCAUUCCAUUUUCGACAACGCACCUGUCCCUCGCAAAUGUUUCGUCCAUUCCGGCUUCGCAAGAUCGAAUUCAGGUUUCCGCAGCUCCCACGGUUUCGCCAAAACCUGUCCUCGAAGUUGGAUCUGCGCCAAAACCCUCCGCUGCGCCUGCGCAAACUUCCGCGCUUGUUGCUCCGCACAAUGCAUCAGCCGCAACCGCAACUGCGCCAUGGCGGAGCGGCGAGGAGAAUGUGGAUACAAUGCAGGGUGAUUUCCCCUGCAAAUACCCGACUACACUCAGAGGGAAAGAGCCGUCGUGGAAUAACCUAGUUUCUCUUUGCGACCUGGAUGACGCCCAGCUGACGGCAGGUGCUGAGGCCUGCGAAACGCCGGGUGACGUCAGCGCCAGUCGUCUGAGCGGCUACGGAAGCGGCCAAUGUGAAGAUGAAACCAGCAUGGAGGAUGGAGAUGCUAAUAACGAGGAUGGCGCGAACGGACAUUUUUGCCUGGAGCUGGUUCGUGGGCUGUUCGUUAUGGAGAGGACUGAAGUGGAGGGGACUAAAACGGAGGGAAUUGAAAUGGAGGGGAUGGAAGAGAAGGCAACAGGGGGAGCGUCUCUUGAAGAGAUUGGCAUGGAGGGUCAGAUUGAAGGCCUAUUGACCCGCGAUGACGAGAAAAACAACUGCGACAAGGUAGAUGGCAGCUAUAUUGCAUCAGCAUUGCGUAAUCAUGAGCCGUUGGUGCUCCAGCCUUCUUUAAACCCACCUGGUGUAUUCAACUAUGCACACACUACCCCUGCCUCCACCCGCCUUACCUCUGCUCCUCUCUCUGCCUGUGCCGAAAGCACACGCGCUGCUGCCGCUGCUGCCUGUGCCACGUCAGCUUCCGUGUUUCUCCCCACUCCCAUGGAGCCCACAGUCCCCAGCCGGCAUGUGGUAACAGGGUUACCAGCACUGGUGCUCCCCCCUCCUUGCGGCAACAGCAGCACAUGCAGUGAUGAUUGCAGUGCAGAAUGCAAGGGCGAACACAAGGGGGAACGCAAGGGGGAGUGCAGCAGAGGAUCGUGCUUCCCUUACGAGUCCACCCUCCUACCCUUCGGCCUGCCAAGCACACCCCCCCGACACGACACCAUGGUGUAUCCCUCCUGUGGAACCGACUCAGAGGAGCAGCGGCCGUUUGAGGCUACUGCUGCUGCCAGGGGGACAGACACUGGCGCUGCUCAGGAUGUUUUUACUGUCAAGAAAGAGGAGGAUGCUGAGCUGGACGCUGACGUGGACGCUGACGUGGCUGCUGACGUGGACGCGUGCAGCAGAGCGGCUCACGGAUAUGGGUACUCGAAGCAGGGGAGUGGAGGAGCGGUGGCAGCUGCUGCUACCAUGCAGAAAUCCAGACGUGGCGAGCAGGCAGGUGGCGGCUCCGAAGCAACGCAACGAGGCUCCGGUGGGGGAGAAGCAUCGGCGGCUGCUGCUGCUGCUGCUGCUGGGGAAGAGAUUGACCAGCGGGCUGCUGGGGGAGAGAUCGACCAGCGGGCUGCUGGGGAAGAGAUCGACCAGCGGGCUGCUGGGGGAGAGAUCGACCAGCGGGCUGCUGGGGGAGAGAUCGACCAGCGGGCUGCUGGGGAAGAGAUCGACCAGCGGGCUGCUGGAAUCUACUAG